AAAAGCGGCCACGGCAUAAAAAUAAGAUGGCGUUGGACCAUUCCAUCCCUUCCCGGGAUGUCGAAGAAGAGGAAGGAGGAGAGGGCUCUUCUCUCGCCUUCGUGUCCAACCCCAAAAUGAUGAGCAGCGAGCACACUAUCGCUACAACGCAGUGAGUGCGCGAGAGGAGGAGGCAAAGCUGCCACCACACAAUAAGCCAACUUACUUCGUCCCCACGCUUCCUUCCCCCCGUAUCCUUCAUUGCACUCUGCUGCUGCUGCGCUCCUCUAUUGGUUCCCACCAUUUCAAAGCUUCUUCGUGCCCUUCCCCACCACCACCUGAAAUAAUAUGCUACUACUCCCCAUUCCAUUUUAUCUUCCGUAACCCCAAAAGAGAGAGAGAGAGAGAGAGAGAGAGAGAGAGAGAGAGAGAGAGGGUGGUCGUGGUCUUUGUUGUGCUGCUGUGAAUCUCUGGUUGACAAUGCAGUCACCUGAAGUGAGGGUGGAGGCCGUACUCCUUUUGGUCUUCUUUGUGGUCUUCGUCCCGGCGUCGGCGAUACUGCACCCAGUGGACUAUUUGGUGCUGCAGUCCAUCCGCAAGUCGCUGGCCGACCUCCCAGGCUCCGCCUUCUUCGCCAGCUGGGACUUCACCGCCGAUCCCUGCGCCUUCGCUGGCGUGGUCUGCUCCGGCGAUCGCGUCGUCGCCCUCUCCCUCGGCGACCCCCGCGCGGGUUCCCCGGGCCUCUCCGGCAGCCUCCCCCCCUCCCUCGCUCGCCUCUCCGCGCUCGAGGAGCUGUCCCUCGUCCCCGGCCUCGUUGCCGGCUCCCUCCCUGCCGCUUUUCCCCCGGGCCUCCGCUUCCUCGCCCUCGCCAGUAACCGUAUCUCCGGCCCGCUUCCGCACUCCCUCGCGGCCCUCCGCGGCCUCCGGACCCUCGACCUCAGCAACAAUCUCCUAUCCGGCAACAUCCCCACCGCCCUCCUCCGCCUACCGGAGCUCCGGACCGUCAUCCUCGCCCACAACCGCCUCGCUGGCCCCGUCCCCGCCUCCGUCGCUGCCCCUCUCCUCCGCCUCGAUCUCAGGAGUAACGCUCUCACCGGCUCCGUUCCGUCCCUGCCCCCUUCCCUCAUCUACCUCUCCCUUGCCUCCAAUCGGCUCUCCGGCCACGUCGAUCGAGUUCUCCCUCGGCUCAACCGGCUCAGCUUCCUCGACCUAAGCGCGAACAGGCUCUCCGGUCCCAUCCCGGGAAUCCUCUUCACCUUCCCCAUCUCGUGGCUGCAGGUGCAGAGAAACCAGUUCUCCGGUCCCCUCAGGCUGGGCGGCCCGCUCCCGGUGUCGGGGGCGACGGUCGACCUCAGCUACAACCGGUUCACCGGCAAAGUGCCGGCGGAACUGGCGCCAGCAGGGCGGCUGUACCUGGACUUCAACCGGUUCGAGGGGGAUGUGCCGGCGGCGAUCGUGGACCGGGUGGUGGCGGGGGGCAUGCGGGUGCUCUACCUGCACCACAACUACCUAACGGGAUUCCGGAUCGGGACGGCUGCGUCGGUGCCGGCGGGCACCUCGCUGUGCCUGCAGUACAACUGCUUGGUGCCGCCGGUCGACGCGCCGUGCCCACGCAAUGCCGGGCCAAGGACGGCGCGGCCACCGCAGCAGUGUGCCGGCGGCGGCAAGAAGGGCUGACGGAAGAAGACAGAUAUGCCGAAGAGCAGCGAAUUUUUUUCUCUUUCAAACAAAAUGGUAGAUUUUUACCUUUCUUCACUGCAAAUACAACAAAAAAAAAAAAAAAAUUAAGUGUAUUUUGGGGCGAGUAAUUAUUACACAUUUUGAUAUUUUUUUUGGGGGCAUACUACUGCAUACUUUUGGAAUCCUACACUCAAAAGUCUACAACAACUUCAAAGACUUACAUCGUUCGAUAUGCGGUGUUAUAGUCUCAUCCCAGAUGGAGUGUAAGGUUUUGAUCAGUUUAAACGUUAUGAUUAAGGGUUUAAACAGCGGUGGACCGAGUGGAUUUAAAAGCCCCGAAGAAUUCCAAAUGGAUUUAAAAUCUCAACAAAUAAUCUGCAGAUGAGCAGCAUGGCUACUCAUCAAUGACUGGCUUGGCACAUCCAAGUGUGCACAAAUUGUUAGAUGCAGUCACUGUUGAGGUUAAUGGUAAUAUAGAGAGGACAUCGGUAAUAUAACUUUUGUUGCCUAGUGCUUAGCUAUGUCUGUCCUGAAGAAGGUUACUA